UGGGAUCUGUAUGUUGCAGCUAUGCUGGUCGCCAUACCAACUGCCGGGAGUACUGUCAAGCUAUUUUUCGCACAGAUUCAUCACCAGGGCCAUCACAGAUCAAAGCAGUGGAGAACUUCUGUGCUUCAGUCAGUCCUCAGUUAGUGCAGUGUGUGAACAACUACACGCAGUCUUAUCCAAUGAGAAACCCUAUCGACAGUCUGUACUGCUGUGACAGAGCUGAGGAUCAUGCUUGUCAAACAGCUUGCAAAAGAAUUCUAAUGACUAAAAGAACAGAAAUUGAGAUUGUUGAUAACUUAAUCGCAGCUUGUAAAACCAUGCCUCUGCCACAGGAUCCAUUAUGGCAAUGCUUUCUAGAGAGUUCAAGGUCAGCUUAUCCUGGCGUCACAAUUGCUCCUCCACCCUCUACUGGAGUUGAUGGAGCUAAACUGCAUUGUUGUUCAAAAGCAAAUUCAUCAAAAUGUAGGGAGCUGUGUACAAAAUUAUACAGCACCAGCUGGGGAAAUACUCAGAACUGGCAAAAGUUCGAUAAUGAAUGUGAAUACAGCCCAUCAGAGUCACCAAUGCUAACAUGCCUAGCAGAUGUAAGAGAACCAUGUCAACUGGGGUGCCGGAACCUUACUUAUUGUACCAACUUUAAUAACCGGUAA